UUUUUUUUUUUUUCAUUUUUUUUUCCUGCCCCUCCCGGCCUCCGCCGUGAGGAGUGAGGUGGGCUCGGGCUGCUCUGUCGCGGGAGAGGGUCUAUGGUGGUAGCACGGGGGUGGUGAGGGCUGAGCAGGGGUCUCGCCGCCGCGCCCGCCGCCGCUGAGGAGGAGGAGGAGGAGAGGGAGGAGGAAGAGGCGAGGCACGGCACCAUUUGCUGCUCCCUGCCCCGGCCAUGGAGAACGCGCACACAAAGACUGUGGAGGAAGUUUUGGCUUAUUUCGGCGUCAACGAGAGCACCGGGCUCAGCCUCGAGCAAGUCAAGAAGCUGAAGGAGAAAUGGGGCUCCAACGAGUUACCAGCUGAGGAAGGAAAAACCUUACUCGAGCUUGUGAUCGAGCAAUUUGAAGACUUACUAGUUAGAAUUUUGUUGCUGGCUGCUUGCAUAUCUUUUGUCCUGGCCUGGUUUGAAGAAGGUGAAGAAACAAUCACAGCGUUCGUAGAACCUUUUGUAAUCUUACUUAUUUUAGUAGCCAAUGCCAUUGUGGGAGUGUGGCAGGAAAGAAAUGCUGAAAAUGCUAUUGAAGCUCUUAAAGAGUAUGAACCAGAAAUGGGCAAAGUGUACCGACAAGACCGGAAAAGUGUGCAGAGGAUUAAAGCCAGAGACAUUGUCCCAGGGGAUAUUGUGGAAGUGGCAGUUGGAGACAAGGUUCCUGCUGAUAUAAGAAUUACUUCCAUCAAGUCUACAACUCUAAGGGUAGACCAGUCAAUUCUCACAGGUGAAUCUGUGUCUGUUAUUAAGCACACUGACCCUGUGCCUGAUCCUCGUGCUGUGAACCAAGACAAGAAGAACAUGCUCUUUUCUGGUACAAACAUCGCUGCUGGCAAGGCCAUGGGAGUGGUUAUUGCGACAGGAGUGAACACCGAAAUUGGGAAAAUCCGUGAUGAGAUGGUGGCUACCGAGCAGGAGAGAACCCCCCUGCAGCAGAAGCUGGAUGAGUUUGGGGAGCAGCUGUCCAAAGUCAUCUCCCUCAUCUGCAUCGCCGUGUGGAUAAUAAACAUCGGGCACUUCAACGACCCCGUUCACGGCGGCUCCUGGAUCCGAGGGGCCAUCUAUUACUUCAAAAUCGCCGUCGCCCUUGCCGUGGCGGCUAUUCCCGAGGGUCUCCCUGCUGUCAUCACCACCUGCCUGGCCCUGGGAACUCGCAGGAUGGCCAAGAAGAAUGCCAUUGUCAGGAGUCUGCCCUCUGUGGAAACCUUGGGCUGCACCUCCGUCAUUUGUUCUGACAAGACUGGUACUCUGACCACGAACCAGAUGUCAGUGUGCAGGAUGUUUAUCCUGGACAGAGUGGAAGGAGACAGCUGUUCCCUGAACGAAUUUACUGUCACUGGUUCAACAUAUGCUCCCAUGGGAGAAGUGCACAAAGAUGACAAACUCAUUAAAUGUAGUCAGUAUGAUGGACUUGUGGAACUUGCAACGAUCUGUGCACUCUGCAACGAUUCCUCUUUGGAUUACAAUGAGGCUAAGGGAGUUUAUGAGAAGGUUGGUGAAGCCACAGAAACAGCACUUACCUGCCUGGUGGAGAAGAUGAAUGUGUUUGACACAGACCUGAAAGGACUUUCCAGAAUCGAACGUGCCAACGCGUGUAACUCGGUGAUAAAACAACUCAUGAAGAAGGAAUUCACUCUGGAAUUCUCAAGAGACAGAAAGUCCAUGUCUGUCUACUGCACGCCCAACAAACCGAGCCGCACGUCCAUGAGCAAGAUGUUUGUGAAGGGCGCUCCUGAAGGUGUGAUUGACAGGUGUACACAUGUCCGUGUUGGAAAUGCUAAAAUACCAUUAACCCCUGGAAUUAAGCAGAAGAUCAUGUCUGUCAUUAGGGAAUGGGGGACUGGUAGAGAUACGUUGCGUUGCUUGGCUCUGGCGACCCAUGACAAUCCUCCCAAAAAAGAGGAGAUGAAUCUGGAGGACUCCUCAAAUUUCAUUAACUAUGAGACCAACUUGACCUUUGUGGGCUGUGUGGGAAUGUUGGAUCCCCCGAGGAUUGAAGUAGCUUCAUCCAUCAAGCUGUGCAGACAGGCUGGCAUCAGGGUCAUCAUGAUCACCGGGGACAACAAGGGCACGGCUGUGGCCAUUUGCCGCCGCAUCGGGAUCUUCGUGGAGGACGAGGACGUUUCCACCAAGGCCUUCACGGGCCGGGAGUUCGAUGAGCUCUCCCUCGCUGCCCAGAGGGACGCCUGUCACCAUGCCCGCUGCUUUGCUCGGGUGGAGCCUUCCCACAAAUCCAAGAUCGUGGAGUUUCUCCAGUCUUUCGAUGAGAUCACAGCCAUGACUGGUGAUGGUGUCAAUGAUGCCCCUGCACUGAAGAAGGCAGAAAUUGGAAUUGCCAUGGGUUCUGGCACUGCAGUGGCUAAAACUGCCUCUGAAAUGGUUUUAGCAGAUGACAAUUUCUCCACGAUCGUCGCUGCUGUGGAAGAAGGACGUGCCAUUUAUAACAACAUGAAACAGUUCAUCCGGUACCUGAUCUCCUCCAACGUUGGGGAGGUUGUUUGCAUCUUCUUGACUGCUGCCCUGGGUUUUCCUGAAGCUCUGAUCCCUGUCCAGCUGCUGUGGGUAAACCUUGUGACUGAUGGUCUCCCUGCCACUGCUCUGGGCUUUAACCCUCCCGACCUGGACAUCAUGAACAAGCCCCCCCGCAACCCCAAAGAGCCCCUGAUCAGUGGGUGGCUCUUCUUCCGUUACCUGGCUAUUGGAUGCUACGUUGGUGCUGCCACAGUGGGUGCUGCUGCUUGGUGGUUUAUUGCUGCUGAUGGUGGUCCAAGAGUUUCUUUUUACCAACUGAGCCAUUUUCUGCAGUGCAAAGAGGACAAUCCGGAUUUCUUCGGGGUGGACUGCGUGGUUUUCGAGUCCCCAUAUCCGAUGACAAUGGCUCUGUCUGUGCUCGUCACCAUAGAGAUGUGCAAUGCUCUCAACAGCCUGUCAGAAAACCAGUCCCUGAUGAGGAUGCCCCCGUGGGAGAACAUCUGGCUGGUGGGAGCCAUUUGCUUGUCCAUGUCCCUCCACUUCCUUAUCCUUUAUGUGGAACCACUGCCAAUUAUCUUCCAGAUCACGCCGUUGAACGUGACUCAGUGGCUGAUGGUGUUGAAAAUCUCCCUCCCUGUCAUUCUGCUGGAUGAAACACUUAAAUAUGUGGCCCGUAACUACCUGGAACCUGGUAAAGAUAGUGUGAGGCCUGCCACCAAACCCUGUGCUCUGUCAGCAUGCACCGAAGGAGUUUCCUGGCCGUUUGUGUUCAUUACUAUGCCCUUGGUUAUCUGGCUUUACAGCACAGACACUAACUUUAGUGAUAUGUUCUGGUCUUGACUGACACGGUGACGAGUUUUACAUUCAAAGGAGAAAAAAAGAAAAAAAAAAAAAAAGAGUUUAACUUAAUUUUUUUAUUGUUUAGAGCAACUGUCUAUUUCUGCUGAAUUUUCACAUGAACAUAUUUGCCGGUGAUGGAGGUUUCAUAAUCUAGAUUUUUUUGGUUUUUUUUUUGCUUUUUCUGACUUCAGUGGGGGCAAUAUAUUCCUCUUUUAUACACAGUUAAAGUGUCCAUUGACAUGUACAGAGAACUAACACUAUUUUAUGCAAAUAUUUUUUUGUAGAUGAAAAGCAUGUACAGUGUUCUGUUCAAUAGUCUUAUUCAUCAUGUAAAAAAAAAGAAAAAAAAAGAGAAGUAAAUUUGUUUUGAGCCAGCGGACACUAUCAGACUAAAUUGGCAGCAGAUUUUAGGGAAUGAAUGUGUGUUGUCUAAAACUAAAAAAGCAUGUAACUGUUUGUCUUCUGCAUGAUCAUCCAAACUUAAUUUGUCAUGAAGUCAGGUUUGAUUCACGAGCAGAACUUUCUGCACUGGGUAGAGGGUCCUGCUCCCUCGGUCAGGAUUCCUUCUCGGUUCCCCUCUUCCCUCACUCUUGGUUCUUGACUGGCCUUGUUUACACCAGUUUCUGUAUGAGGUAAUGCCUAAUCUUGCUCGUGCAGAAAAUGCCAUUCCAGGUGCAGCCUGCUGGGGUUCUUCCAUACUCUCGACACACAUAGGGUUGUUUGGGGUUUUUUUUUUAAGAUUAUUUAUUUUGUCUGUUGUAUUUUAUUGUAACAAGACCUUAUUUUGCCAGUGUUGCCCGUUUUGCAAGGACAGGGAGGGCUACUUCUGUCUCCUUUUAAAGCCUUUUUAACAAACACAAUCUCUAUGAAUUCAAAAGAGGGUUUAAUACUUUAUUUACACAUCAGAGCCUUUCUUUUUCUUUCUCUCUCUUUCUUUUUUUUUUUUUUUUUGUUUCCCCCCUUUAAGAUCAACAUUUGCAAUGAGACCUGGAAAAAUUACUUGCACUGCAUAGGUAGAAAUUAGAUUUCCUCCACUUAGGGCACUAAUGCUCAGUUGUAUCCAUGGGGUUACUCUGCUGGCCUGUUGUAAGCCUGACUUGAAGUAACAAGCUCGUGUGUGUUUUUUGUAAAAUCUGUAAAUAGCACAUGACCAAAUUGAACAUAUUGUAUAGAACUAUUUUUAUUUUGAUGUGGCACUAACCACCUUCAUUAUUACGGUAAAUGUUAAAGCAUGUUUUCAAAUUCAGUCCUGUAUCAACAAUGUGUAAGUCAUUAACAGUCCUAACUGUGGUGUUUUUCUCCAAUGCCUUCCAACUUUCAUCGACUAAAGUGAGUAUUUCUCUUCCAUUUCACCCUGCCAGUGGUGACUUGCUGUAAAAUAGCAUUAUGAUGUAUACAUGUUGAAGAAUAAAUAGUAAUUUCCUUCA